AUGAAUUCUCAAAACAAAAGAGAAUCAUUGAUGACACUGUUCCGAAUUUUAAUUGCUGGUGAUGCAACCGUAAAAGACAGCAUUGCUAAAACUUUAGGAUCAGUGAUUGUCAAAACGGUCGAAUUGCAAUAUUCGGGAACUGGAAAAAUAAUUCAUGGUCAAGGGAAAAGAAAUUUCAGUGCGACAAACACAUAUCUGUGUUUAAGAGAUGCUUUGAUUGAAAAAUAUGGAGAGAAAAUAGAUGUUAAAAAAUUACCGGGCCAGGUGGGCAUGUGGCUAUCCCGAGCUGGCGAUAGAGAAGGCGGCCGUAAACAACGAGAAAAAAAUAGAAGUCCCAUUGCUGUGCCAAUCAUGGGUGCCAUUAUCGCGCCAAUAUUGGUGACCUGGGAACCAGUUUUGGGCCAGAAUAGGACC